GAGCCUGAAGUCAAUGGGGUGAAAUCCUCGCACGGCCAUAGGUUUGAUACAACUAGACAGCCCCCUGGUUGCUCUUUGCCCUCAUAUUAAGGACCAAGCUUGUCAGAAAGUGGUUUUUUUCAACUUUGUAAAACCCAUGGUGCUGUCUCUCGCGAGUACCAUCAAGGAACUCUCCGACCAGGGGUCCUGCAAUAGCAUACAUGGAACCUACGAGACUUUGUCGUGGAUGUACCACUCCUCUGGCCGGAACUGCGAUACCACGGCCCAGCAUGCGACGAUUGCCGGUGCUAUUAAGAAGUACCUUGAAGAAGUGAAUGGAAAUCGGCUUUUAAAGCCUAAGGAGCGAAAUGCAGCGGAUAGCCACUUUGGUAAGCUCACUGCCCAGCAUAUUGUGAUGAAUGGCAUGGCUAUCCUCCGAGAGGGAGAAAGUGAUGUGCUAUACCAGGAGUUUGGUAGUGGGCCUGGCACAUCCCGGUGA